AUGCUUGUUGCCGUCCCGGUUUAUCUUCACUCUGUGUUUAACCUUCCUUUGCGUUAAUGCUGACAUGCAUGUUCGCAUUAGCACUCACAUUCGCUUUCCCAUUUGCGUUCUUCUGGUUUAUCGAUUUGCCCUUUCGUUUCAGCCUACCCUUCGCUCGCUCGCCGUUCGCUCACCCGUUCGUUCUUUUUCCUUUGUGCAUUUCCCCCUCCCCCCUCCUAUUAGCGUUCUCCCUGAGCAGCACGUAUGAUGGACCAAUGCCAUUGAGCCACCUCCCGUUCAUCAUUUAUGCAGAAAAAAACGCUAAUGCGAAUGCAUCAUAUUCCUUUCCAUUCGUAUAGAAGUUCAGGCAUACCAAAAUGAAUGAUAGCUAUGACAGUUUAUUUAAAAUUUUAUUAAUUGGAGACAGUGGCGUUGGGAAGUCUUGUUUGCUUCUUCGUUUUGCCAGAAAGAGGGGCAGACAAACAUACCUAAUCAAUCGUUUCGAAACGGAGAAUGACCAAAUCAACGAUGAUACUUACACGGACAGUUACAUCAGCACAAUCGGAGUUGACUUUAAAAUAAAGACGAUAGAAAUUGAGGACAAAAUUAUAAAAUUGCAAAUAUGGGAUACAGCGGGACAGGAACGAUUCAGAACUAUAACGUCUUCCUAUUAUAGGGGAGCGCAAGGCAUCAUCAUAGUGUACGACGUCACCGACCGGGACAGCUUCAACAAUGUGAAAAAUUGGAUAAUCGAGAUAGAAAAGUACGCGUCGGAGGACGUGCAAAAGAUCCUAAUAGGAAACAAAAUUGAUUUAAAAAACGAUCGCAAUGUAAGUUACGAGGAAGGAAAAGAGUUAGCCGAUAGCUGCAAUAUUCAGUUCCUGGAGACUUCGGCGAAAAUAGCCCACAAUGUGGAGCAAGCCUUUAAGACCAUGGCGCAUGAAAUAAAAAAUAAAUCUCAGCUGGAGAAUCAGCAGAAGGGAAGGGCCAACAUCAAUUUGAACGCCAAGCCCAUAAAGGAUAACAAAAAGAAGUGCUGCUAAGGGGGGCGCCAUG